AUGUCUACAGCUACAGGUGGUAUCGCUCGCAAUAACACGUCGAGGGGAGCCCCCACGAGAGCCUCUGGACGCGCCUCGACGGUCGCCGAAGACGGGCUCGACUAUACCGUGGCCAUCAUACAAGGCAGAGGGAACGGAAGCGAGAUUGGCAUCGCAGCAAUCUCAACAGCAACUGCAAGAGUGGUCUUGACACAGAUCGCAGAUGAUAUAUCCUUCCGAAAGACUCUACAGCAGCUCAUGAUCUGCCAUCCGCUCACUGCAAUCUUACCUCCCAUCUCGGGCGAUGAUCAGCUGGCCAUGGCCAUCGAAGAAGAGUUCAGUAUCGAGCCUUUGACCGCUGCGCGUAACCUUUGGAACCGAGAUGAAGGUCUUCGCGUCCUCCAAGAUCUGUCCGCCAAAGACGAGCAGCACGCGUCUACCCUAAUGACCGCAUCGGACAAAUACCUCACUCUCUGUGCGCUCUCUGCCCUCUUCAAGUGGCUCGAGGGGAAGGGGAUUACCUUUGGCCGCAACAGCGUGUCGAUGAAGUUCGAAAAUCCAGAAGACACUGUCUUUAUCGACGCCGAAACCGUGCGCAAUCUCGAGUUGGUAUCGAAUCAGCUAUCCAACAAGACGACCAACACCUUGUUUGGUCUCCUAAACACCUGCUAUACUCCGAUGGGCGCUCGCCUUUUACGAUCAAACAUCAUUCAUCCCUUCAGAGCUCAACAAGCCUUAGAGAAUCGGCUGGAUGCUGUGGAAGGUGCGCCACUGCAGAAUGUGGCUAAUGUAGAACUCUUACAGGACGAGUCUCUACUGGAUUCGAUCAGGAGGGAGCUAGCGCAAUUAGCCAAGAUCGACUUUGAAGCUAUCCUGGGCAAGAUGAUGCAGGUGCCCAAGUCCAACGAGACUGCGGGUAUGUUUGAGCAGCGCGUAACGCACAUGCUUCAGAUCCGGACCCUCAUCAUGGGGGUGGGUCGAGUGGGAGAGAUUCUUGCACCCGCCACUGCGCCUUUACUUCAGUCCACGGGGAAUACUCUCCGCAACGAAGAAGUCAGGCGUCUCGCAGGUUACAUCGGAGGCCACCUCGUCGACGAUGCACAUCUCAAGAAAGCCAGCAGAGGACAGGCGGCCAGAAACAUCAAGCUCUUUGCUGUCCGGUCUGAAGUCGUACCGCUGCUUGGCGUUGCCAGAAAGACUUUCUCAGAGAACGACAUGGAUAUUAGGGACUUGCUCCGCGACGUGAGCAACUGGACCGACACGGGCUACCGUUUCAGCACUUUGACGGCUGAUGCUGACGCGCUGCCCAACGAGAGCAUCAACGUGGAGCGGGGACCGAAGAGGACGCGCUUUGCCACCAGCGACUUGCUCAAGCGGAACUCUCGCAUGAUGGCAGCUCAAGCGGACAUCUUCUCCAUCAGCGCUCAGGUCGUCUCGCGUAUGAUCUCAGAAAUCGGUGGGCAUGUCGGGCUUCUCCACUCGUGCUGCGACUCGCUCUCGGUCAUCGAUGUCAUCUCGAGCUAUGCCAAUAUUUCGCAAGGCCGUGCAUGUACUCGCCCCGUCUUUGGCCGUACCAUCGCCAUCAACGAGGGGCGACAUCCCAUCCUCGACAGGCUACUGGGCGCUGGCGAAUGCGUUUCGAACAAUGUAUUUGCGGCAGAUGGAACCAGCAACUUUCAGCUUAUUCAAGGGGCCAACAUGUCGGGGAAAUCUACCUUUCUCCGUCAGAUCGGCUUGUUGACGAUCCAAGCUACGAUUGGCUGCUUCAUCAUGAUUCCGGACGCUAUUCUCACCCGGCUGUCGAACGAUGACUGCCCCGAAAAGUGCCUAUCGACUUUUGCCAGCGAGAUGGCCACGAGCUCGAUGAUACUCGGUAUGGCGACAUCCGGCUCUCUCGUCAUCAUAGACGAGCUCGGUCGCGGAACCUCGCCAGCCGAAGGUGUCGGUCUGGCUCAUGCUAUCGGCGAGGAAUUGACCCGGAAAAAGGCAAUGACAUUCUUCUCGACCCACUUUCACGUCCUCCCCACGACCCUAUCGACCCAUCGAGGACUGGUCAGCAUGCACCUUGCUGUGCAGUCGACCGGUGGAGACGAGUUCAACGCUGUCUUUCAGUACAAGGUGGUCCAAGGACCCGUGCCGGCAUCGCACUAUGGUCUUGAGCUGGCCAAGCUGGCUGCUUUGCCGCCUAGCGUUCUGACCAAGGCCAAGACCAUUGCGCAUCAUCUGGCGGACCAGGAUGAGGAAGGCAAGAAGAAUGAUGGUGCUACUCGAAUUGCAGCCAGGCGAAGGGCGCUCUUGGAGGCAAGUCGACCGGCGAUCUCGCUGACGUUAGCUUCGACAGAGGUUGUUGACACUCGCUCAAUCCAAGCUAGCCGACAAUGA